AUGGGAGGUUGGUUGGAGGGUGUUUGGAGGUGGGGGGAUUUUGGUAUUUCCGUGUCGGUUUUGGAGGAUGCCGAGGUGAGGAGUCGGUUCAUCUCUUUUAGCCUUUUGGUGGGCAAAUUUGGAGGAUUUAAGGAUGGUAAGGACUCGGUUAAGUGGGAGGGUAAUAAAGGUUUGGAUUUUUCCGUGGCAUCUUGUUAUGCUUUCUACGGUAAAGACUUUGUCCCGCAUGGUCCACCUAACAAAUUUGAUGACGUUUUUCGACUUGUUUGGAGAGUAGAGGUGCCUUUCAAAAUUAAGGCAUUUGGUUGGAGACUCCUUCAUGAUAGAUUACCUACCAAGAAUCUUUUGGUCUUGAGAGGUAUUCAUUUUCCCGUUGAUAAUUUAAUGUGUUUUUUUUGUGGAGUGGAUGUAGAGAAUAGAAACCAUUCCUUUUUUGGUUGUGACGUGGUGAAGAAUAUUUGGAAAGAAAUAGCUUUUUGGGUUGGUAAAGUGGGUUAUAUGGAGGACGAUUGUUUGUCCAAUUUUAUGGAUUGGCAUAGGUUCUUUUGUACACAAAAGUUAGUAGAUAGCAAAGUUGAUGUGGUUUGGUUGGCAACAACUUGGACUAUAUGGAUCACUAGGAAUGGAGCUUGUUUCCGGGAGGAGGGUUGGAACGUUAACGACAUUGUUUGGAGCAUUAAGCUUCUUGUUUGGAAGUGGUCUUUUUGCGGAAAAAUUACACAUUCCAAUUAUUCCUUUUACGAGUUUAGUAAGGAUCCAAUUCUUUUUCUCUCGUAA